UGGCUUUGUUAUUCCUGGGGGGAGGUCCAGGGAUCCCCGCGCUGACUCACGUCUGGCGCGAUAGUCGCGUCUGGCGUCGGCCGACUGCCGGCCGCGAGCACCGCCCGCACUUCACGCCGGGACAUCCGACCGAGAGGAGCGACGGCGGUUCUGACGCACCGGUGCACUGCAGGAUGGCGCAGCACGGCGGUACACCGCCCGAUAACGCUACGGUGCAGAACAACGCUACGCCAGAGGCGAUGCAAAUUCUCACUGCCAGCGGCAAGGGAGGCUUCGUGCUGGACUCCAAAAAUCUGAAGAGUAUCCUCUUGGCUGACGACAUCAUCGACAAGCCAGCGGUAGUCAUCUCAGUCGCUGGGGCAUUCCGCAAGGGAAAGUCUUUCCUUUUGGACAUGAUGCUGCGCUACCUUACAGCGUCAGACAAGUCCAACUGGAUACACGAGCAGAGCCAGCGGGGCUUCCCGUGGCGAAGUGGAUUUCGGAGACACACCACUGGCAUCCUGAUGUGGUCAAAGCCGAUCCCCGUGACCCUAUCAAACGGCACAGGGGCGAACAUUUUGCUGAUGGACACACAGGGGACCUUCGACAACAAGUCUACCGUGCACGAGUCGUCAACUGUCUUUGCACUCAGCACGCUGCUCAGUUCCCUUCAAAUUUACAACAUCACUGGAAAUUUGCAGAACGAUGACUUGGAGCACUUGCAGCUCUUCACUGAGUACGGCCGACUAGCGCUGGAUGACACCAGCAGCAAGCCGUUCCAAAAAUUGUUGAUUCUGGUCAGGGAUUGGCAAUACGCUCAUGAGCUUCCUCUGGGUGCUGGGGGUGGCAGCGAGCUGAUCAAGGAGUGGCUGGAUACUCCAACUGGGAAAAAGGAGCUGGAGAAGGUACGAACGCACAUCAGAGGGUGCUUUGGCCAGAUCGAGGGAUUCCUGUUGCCGCACCCGGGGCAGAAUGUAGCUAGCAGUCCCAACUUCACCGGCAGCAGCGCAGAGAUGGACACUGUGUUUGUCGAAAAGCUCAACGAGCUGAUGCCUCAGAUUUUGGCACCGGAGAAAAUGACAGUGAAGAGUAUUGCUGGCAACUCAGUCACAGCCGGCCAGCUGUUCACUUUCUUUGAGACUUACGCAAAUCUGUUCCAGAGUGACAAACUGCCAAAGCCAAAGAACAUCAUGCAAGCGACCGCCGAAGCCAACAAUAUGGCGGCAGCACAAGACGCUAAGACGCAGUACAUCAAAGAAAUGGAGUUCCUGCACAGUGAUGAUCAUCCUUCACUAGAACAGACCGAGCUUUUGGGGAAACACCAGGAAGCUUCAGAGAAGGCCAUGAAGGCAUUUACCGAUCGCAAGAAAAUGGGCGACUGGAAACUGUCAGAGAACUAUCGUUUGAGACUGAUGAAGGACAUUGAAGAGUGGUACAAGUUUGCUGAGCGGGCAAACAACACGAAGCGCCAAAAGGAGCGGCUCAAUGCAGAAAAUCACAACUUGGGACUCAUUGGGACCUGCAAAAUGACCUACAUCAAUGCGAUGGAAGAGGUCGCCGGUGAAGACGUGGGCUUUGUGCCUCAGAAAGAACUGGACAGCGCGCACGAGGAAGCCAGGAGGAAGGCAAUGGAUCAGUUUAAGGAAGAACAGAAAGUGUUUGAAGGCAUCGAAAAGGACAGCCAGUUUGCCCUUACCCAGGAGAUCGACAAUGAGUUCCGCCGAAUGCUCUUCCACAAUGACGUGAAAAAAGAUGCAAAGAACUACAAGGCGGCACAAGCGAAUAUGAAGGCGGUGGGCCAGGCCAAAAGGAACUACCUUUCCAUGAUGAACGCAAUGACAGAUGGUGUUGCGCUAACGGUCGAGGAACUUCAGAAGCGACACGAAAAGUCGAUGGAAGUCGCCGUGGAUCUAUUCGAGUCGCUCAAAGAGGGCGACGAGCGCAUCGCGGAAGGUUACCUGGAGAACAUGAAAGAUGAUAUUCAGCGUGAACUGGAGUCGUUCUUGAGCGCCAAUCGACACAAGCAGGAAAUGAAAGAGGUCCAAGAGCAAGUGCUGGCAAUAACGAAACAACUGGAGGAUGCCAAAAAGCAAAGAAAACCCGGGUGCACCAUUUUAUAACUGGGCACUUUCAGUGCAGUGGGAAAAAACACGGCAGUGCAGUGCACCAGAUAUUUGAGUAGUGCUCACCAUAUUUGGAUUUACAGAAUCAUUCUGCGCAGUUGCAGCAAUCAAAGCCCUGCCAGAGCGAUCGAAGAUGCAAGUGCUUGUGAUGCGAUACUUUAUAGUAUGAGCCUUAGGAUAUUUUUUUCAUUUAGUUUUUUUUGUCCUGGGGACUGAUUCGUUUCACUGAGCUGUUUGGCGAUAGCGGCUGCCUUUAUCUUCCCUGUGUAAAUUGAUGCUUCUUGACUGCCACCACUGUCACCAUUCGCCGAGCAAACUGGACUCUUCAAGUCGUUAGUCCAAUGCGUUGUUUUUAUGUUGUACACUUUGCAGUUCAAACAGCUUAACGUUAAGAUAACCUAAAAUGUACACUGUAAUUUGUUUGAUGAAGGUUUGUAUAUGUAGAGAGAAUGAAGUCUGACGUGAUAUUUGAACUUUGUAUGCAAUUAAAGGGUACUGAAUCAA